AUGGUUAACUCGCCUAGAGACUACCACCACGUUACAACUGUGGAACGAUCAGACGGUUAUUUCGCGCGUGGUUCGCCGAAAACUUUUCCCCCCGAAAUUCUCGAGGAUCCAGGAGGCCAUUUUGUUCAACGACUAGCACAUGAAUCUGAUGAAGAUUUUCAAUCCAUAUUAGAGGACACACCGAGCCCGCGCACUCCAAGCCCGGAAUCAACCUCAGCGCAGCAGACCUUUUGGGCCGUUUACCGUGACAUCCCGGAGAAAUGGAAACUAAAAUCUACCGAACGUGUGGUAGAGGAUAUCAUCCAUGAUGCCUGCAUGGCUACUGACUCGAAUUUCAUGUCUAAAUCAUCACUUUUGCCAUCCUUCGUUAUCGAUUUGGGGGACGAGGAUGUCAAGCGCCUUUUUCUCCCCCCCGAAUUGGAUGAAAUCAACGCAGCCAUGCCAGGUUUGCCUCCACCGGACGAUGUUCUGUUGGGUUAUCUCGGAGAGUUUGCCAGUGUCAGAUCUGUCGAAGAACUGAGAGCUACACUUCACAAGAACCAUUACAUUCCAGAGGGUGGUACUUUUGACAAUGCGCGCGAUGGCAAUAAGUUCUACGCCUACUUGGCCUUGAACACCAUGCUAAACAUAUAUGCAUCCCCGAAUCGGCCGCUGACCAGUGAUCACUGCGAGGAUUGGUUUACGUCCUCCGUGUGGGCCUCAAUAAUCGAUAAUUACAUAAUGUCGAUCCCAGGUAUUACUCUGGACCGAAAAGAGACCCACCUCCGAGCAACUGGCAUCCGGAAGAACCGUUCCCGAACACGAACUGGCAAGGGAAAUUAUCGUAAAAGUGGUCGGCAUUACGACGGUAUAAUCCAUUCAAUCGGUGAAGGUUGUGUUGAAUACGUGGUGCUUGAGGCUUCAGCGUCUGAAAAGGGGGGUGAGACAUCGACAAAAUACUUGGAUGAUUGGCUCAAGAUUGGGAGGGGGCUACGCGACAUGAUGAACGUCCUGCACCUGCAAGCUAAUCAUAACCCAAAGUUUUUGCCACACCUCCAGGCCAUCGGAAUCAUGAAUUCAGCAUCUACAUUCCAAUAUUCUCGUAUGGUCAGCCCUGUGGGUAACAUCUGCUUGCUCAAACGUGAGGAUGUACUUACUAUUCCUGCUGGACUUAACGGGGGUUUGGGGCAAUUGCUACACAUCAUCACGAGUAUGGUGAAACUACGGAGAACAGUUGAUAUGACGAGGUCAUGGAUUGUUAGCGCUGUGGAGGGCGGGCUUACGCCGGAGGAGUUGGAUAGAGAGUUGAGAGAAGGUUUUAAGUCUUACCCGGCACGAUUGAGUUGGGCAGAUGAGGCAGAUUGA